AUGGAUUAUCCUAGCCUUCAUGACAGAGUAGAGGACCUGUCCGAUAUUGAGGUGGUCGUACUUCUCAGUCUUGUUGCGCGAGAGCAUUGCAUCAUCGACACGGAAAGGGAGGUUUUGGAUGAUUUAGAAAAUGAGCUGAUUUUGAUUGCUGAAAAUAUCUUUGGCCUUUCCCACGCCACCCUGAAUUGCUCGCCUGAUACCACUGUGGAGGAGUUCAGUAAUGCCAUCCUGGCUCACGAUGCUGAGAGGCCAGACUAUGAUAGACUAUCGUCAUUUACUAGUGGUGAAGGGGGGAGGAGCGUUGAUCGGCUGCCCUUUGGAGGUGGACGGCUUUCUCUAGACAAAUCUAGCUCGCGGGUACGAACAAGCGUCCUCGAUGAUCGCAAGGUGGUAAAUGUUAUCGUUGCCAAAAAUUUCGAUCUGGCACCGGAUUAUGUCCAACUACUAGCACUCGACCUUAUUCGAAAUAAACGGAUUUAUACACGAACCUCUUUCCACAGUGCCCCUGAGACUUUUCUUUUUAUUCCACUUGUUGAAUCGAAACCACAGGGAUUGUCCUCAUUGUUGAAUCGUCACCUGAAUGACCAUAUUUUUAUGUCGUAUUACCAUGAUCCCCAGAAUGGAUUCAUGAAUCUCGAAGAAAGCAGCGAGUGGUUUUCAGACGAUCAAGGGUCGAUAUCCUCUGUCAUCAGAAAGCCAAACCUGCCUCUGCCCAAGGAGUUCGAUGAGCCAUAUUUAAUUCGCGAAGAGCACAUCAAAACCCUACGGCAACUUAGCGACAAUGUGACCUUGUCUGCAGAUAUGAUUAACUACCUUCAAAAUAUCAUUGUCUUUCUCCGGAUGAAUCGAGGGGUAGCUAGUGGGGUGACUGCUACCUCGACUCGACAUUUCCAACUGCUUACCCGAUGCCUUGCGCCCUUACAACGAGUGGAUUAUGUUUUCCCUUCCUUAGUGGCUCUUGCUGCUAGAAGAGUAUAUCGUCACCGCAUCUACGUAGCCGAACCGGCGAAUGAUAGAAGUCUGAUGUAUGGAAGUUCCUUGAAAGCCGUUGACUUGGUACUGGCCGGCGCUUCCCCCGAAAUGAUCAUUGAGGAAGUUUUGGCAGAUGUCGAAGCACCUUUAUGA